GCGACGUCAGCCGUGACGAAUGCGGAAGCCCCGGUAAACAAUAACAACGAAGCGAAAAGGAAAGGAAAUAAAAAUGAAAAAGAUUGAUAUUUCGCUGAAAAUGAUGAGGACAGUGAUACUGCCGGAACCCAGACAUUACUGCCUUUAAACUGGGCGGACUGUACUGGUUCUGCAGGGCAGAUAAGAGAGACUGUAGCAGUGCAGCCGAGGGGCUCGAGCAGCAGCGGAUAAGAUGCAUUGCUCUGCAGGUGACAAGUGUCUGCAGCAGCAUGUGGAGAACACCAUCUUUAACCCCAGGAGUCCUGAGGAGGAGAGCGGUGAGGAGGAGAUGGACACAUCAGAACCCAACUGGCACUGGUUCUACCUGGCAGAGUGUGGAGUGUGGCAUAUGUUUGAAAUUGAUCCCAGUGCAGGAUGCUCGGUGACCAGUGAUCAGAUCGAGCAGAACUACAGUAGAAACCAGCACGGCUCUAUGGAUUUCUACACUCCUAAAUAUACGUACAGAUUAGACUUUUCAGUUAUGAAGCAAAUCAACGUCACAACUGGAAAACAGAGACCAAUAAAAAGAGCCCUACAGUCUGCCACUGGAUUUAGAUUCAUCUGUGAUAACCUGGCCCUCCCAGUCCCCUGCCACUGGGAACGAGUUAACACAGACGAGCCAUAUCAGCUCAUCCCUCUGUGCAGAGACACAUACGAGUAUAAGGAGGUGGCACGGCUGUAUGAGAGGACCAUGAGUCAGCCAAUCAGAUCCAUCCAGAGAAUACAGAACCUGGACCUAUGGGAGUUUUUCUGCAGGAAAAAGGCUCAGCUGAGGAAGAUCAAGCGUGUAAUAGACAUUGAUGAAAGGAUGCUGUUUCAUGGAACAGGACACAGUAACAUCCAGGCCAUAUGCACAUACAACUUCGACUGGAGACUUACUGGAAGCCACGGGGACGUCUAUGGGAAAGGAAGCUAUUUCGCUCGUGACGCCAAGUACUCCAGUAAGUUCUGCCACUCGACCAGCAAGCAUAACUUCACACUGCAGAGACACGGCCUGGCUCCGCCUAUUUUUCAAAGCGAGCCACCUUACAAGUGCAUGUUCCUGGCGCGGGUACUGGUAGGGGAGUUCACAGUGGGUCACCCUCACUUCUGCCGGCCGCCCUCCAAAGACUUGAGCAUCGCCAACUUCUUCGACAGCUGCGUGGACGACAUGGUCAACCCAAAGAUCUUCGUCAUCUUCGACAGCAACCAGAUCUACCCAGAGUACCUUAUCGAAUUUUACUGACGUCAAAGGAGACGGACAAGACCGUUAGUUUCCUAGUUAUAAUAAAUGACAGAAGGUUUAAUGGUUGGCUCCAUUGGACUAAUUCCUAGUUCUGGACUGGGACGCCAUGCGGAGCCCUGGACCUGAACAGCCAUGCCUUUCCUAUGAAACAGUGCCAAAGCAAAGGUGUGUACCGGGAUCGUGGCACGUGCCUUUUAUGAAAAAGGGCAUAAUCAGACAACAGACUGUCAAAUACAGUCUCUCAGACUCGCCUAGUGUGUCCUAGUUUGUCCAGUUCAUGUCUACCACGUUCCUGCCUCCAUUUGUGUAUUUGUUCCAUUUGCACAGUUUUUUUAUGUUUAUUUAUUUAUUUUUUUAGAUUUUAUUUAAUUAUUUCAUUUAUCUACCUCACUGCAAUUCUACCUCAUGUCCAGUAGUCCCACAGAUCACAAGAUUAGCUAGGAUUCCCCAUUACUUCACAGCCUAUUUCAGUAAAAAAAAAAAAAAAAAAAAAA